AUGGCAUCCACCACUGUCGCUCCUAUUCCCCGCCUGAUAUACGGCACGGCCUGGAAAAAGGCUCAGACCGCUCCCCUCGUCGUCUCGGCGCUGUCUGCCGGCUUUCGCGGCUUGGACACCGCGGCAUCCCACCAUUAUUACGAGGAGGGCGUUGGCGCCGGCCUCCGAACAUGGCUGACCCAGAACCCAAGAACCAUCUCCCGCUCGUCACUCUACAUCCAGACCAAGUUCUCCCCGGCCCCUUCUGAGCUGCCGAUUCCCGAUCAAGUGCACAGCCAAAUCGCCACCUCACUUAAGCGCUUGUCCGUCUCAGACUCCCUGUUCAAAGACGGUCCUGAGGCAUCAACACCACCGGAUGAGAAUCCAGACUUCUAUCUGGACUGCGUCCUUCUCCACUCGCCGUACGCAGCUCACGAAGACACGCUCUCGGCCUGGCGCGCCCUAGAGUCAUAUGUUCCCCACCGUAUUCGUACUAUUGGCAUCUCCAACGUGGAUCUGGAUGAGCUGCACGCACUCUGUAACGACGCUGCUGUGAAGCCUGUCGUGGUCCAGAACCGUUUGAAUCCGAAAGAGGCUUACAACACCCCGGUCCGAGUCUUCUGCCGUGAGCAUGGUAUCAAUUUCCAGUCUUUCUGGACUUUGACUGCGAACCCGGGCAUCGUCAAGAGCGACUACGUGGGAAAGAUCGCCGCAGCAGUCGGUGUCAGUAACGAGACGGCCAUGUACAGCCUCGUCUUGGGCUUGGGAGACCACGUCAGUGUUUUGGACGGUACCACGAACGAGUCUCGCAUGAAGGGCGACCUCGAAGGCGUGGAGAAGGUGGCCGCAUGGGCUGCGGGCGAGGGUUCAGCUCUCUGGAAGGCGAGUCUGGGGGCGUUCAAGACCGUCCUGGGCGACACCGACUGA